AUGUUACCAUAUGCUUUAUUGGGAUAUUGCACGACUGUCAGAUCAUCAAUUGGAGCCACUCCAUAUUUUUUAGUAUAUGGAACAGAAGCAGUCAUACCUGCUGAAGUCGAAAUACCGUCUUUGAGAAUCAUCCAAGAAGCUGAGUUAAGUAAUGCUGAAUGGGUCAGCAAGCGGAUUGAUCAAUUAACUUUGAUUGAUGAGAAGAGAAUGGUUGCCGUUUGCCAUGGUCAAUUAUAUAGACAGAGAAUGAUUCGUUCCUUUCAUAAGAGAGUAAGAGCCAGAAAUUUUGAAGUUGGCCAGUUGGUCCUUAAGCGUAUUUUUCCUCAUCAAGACGAGUACAAAGGAAAGUUCGCACCAAACUGGCAAGGUCCUUACAUGGUUCGUAAAGUAUUAUCUGGAGGUGCUUUGGUCUUGGCGGAGAUGGAUUGUACCGUUUGGCCUAAACCUAUCAACUCAUACGCUAUCAAGAGAUACUACGUGUGA